CCUUCAAGACUGGCCCGAGUCGAAAGCAGAGAAUUGGAUGAAAAUUCAUUAGGAAGUGUAGAUGGAGGGCAGAAGGUUAUCUCUGACAAUAUUGAUAGUAGCCUACAGCAGUCUCAGCUACCAAUAGUCUAAAUAGUGAUGGAGCAUUAUUCCAAUAACUUGUAUCCACUUGCUGAUAACACCGCAGAUGACGUUAAUUAAUGUCAGUUGACUGACAGCCAUCUAGGAGAAAGUAUCCAUCCAGCAGAUAAUCAUGUCUUGUUUACGGCAAAUAUUCAAACUUUGCAUUUUAUCGGCUUUGAUCUCAGUCUCAUUCAGUGAGGAUCAGACUUGUCCUACGUUCACUAAAUCUGAGGAUGUCACCAAGCUGACCGGAACCUGGUACGUCGUCCGAGGAAUUGAACAUAAAGCAGUGAAGCAGAGUGUAACAAACAAAGCCGCAAAAUCAUGCCCACAAUUGAAGAUCGAAAUCGAGGCGUCCUCUGAAGUGAAGAUUUCUUGGCUCAAGAAAAAUACUACAACAGAGCAAAUCAACUAUUUCCGCAUCAAAGGAGACAAAUCCAACAUAUUGAUUAAGCAAAGUAAAGAAGG